CUUGUCUUAUGGAAAUUUUUACAUUUUAGAUUAGUUUAAUAUUACUUAUUAGUUAUUAAAUACGAAAUCACAAAUUAUUCGCAUUUUUGUAUUUCAAACACAUUAAUUAAUUUUAUCUACAUCCAUAGGACUUCGGACUUCUUUAAACGCACACUACGAAAUGUAUAUUAAACGAUGACCACUGUAAAUGAUAAUUUUGUUCUUUUAGACAUCUAAUUUGUUAUUCACUUAUUAUAUUAAUAUAAUUUUGUUUGUGAACGUAAAUAUUUUGGAAUGGCAUCUUCGAGUCGAGGAAUUCAAAUUGGUUCAGCGUGGUUUCAACGUAAAAUUAAUCUAAGACCACAACACAGGGGCGUACAUUUAGUAACUGAAGAAAUUCUAAAACAAAUACCAGAAAUAUCUCAAUUUUCUGUUGGUUUAUGUCACAUACAAAUUUUACAUACAUCAGCUAGCCUUGCCAUUAAUGAAAGUUGGGAUCCAAAUGUUCGAGAUGAUAUGGAGAUGAUGUUGAAUAAAAUUGUUCCAGAAGGUUUACCUUAUCGACAUUCGUGUGAAGGACCAGAUGACAUGCCAGCCCAUGUAAAAGCAUGUUUUCUUGGUUCAUCAAUAACAGUGCCCAUCACUGAAGGAAAAUUGAAUCUAGGCACAUGGCAAGGUAUUUGGCUGUGUGAACAUCGAAAUCAAGCUGGUAGUCGAAAGCUAGUGAUUACAUUAAAUGGAUCACCAAAUUCAUCUGCAGGUGAUUGUAACCGGUCACCAAUGUCUCCGUCCUCGCCUAUGGCUUCAUUAAGCAGUUAGGCAUAUUAAAUAUACUCACAAAAAGAUGUUAUUUAUAGACAUCACAGCCAACAUUUAAUUAGAUACAACUGUUUGCCGCUGCCUCUAGUCAAAUGUAAUAUAAGCACUUUUAUAACAAAUGUUAUUAUAUCCCAUUAUUAGUUUAUUUAAUAUUUCAAUCAAGUUAAGUGCAUUAUGAAAAGUAACAACACAUUCCAGAAAAAAAAAUAUAUAUAUAAUAUAAAUUCGAUUAUUUAUGAUAUAUUAAAAGAUACAAAUUUAAUAAAUAGUGAAAAUACAUGACAUAUUG